UGCAGAAAGAUCGUCUUAAUACUAUUUGAUGACAAUUACCAAUUACAGGCAGAGGAGAGAAAGUUGACCUGAUUGCCUUUGGAUGUUGCGGUUAUCAUUGUAACCCACGCUGAUGUUAAUGUAAGUUGCAAUUAAUAGGUUAAGUAGCCUACCUGCUGGACAUAUAGCCUAAUCUUAAUGAGGAAACUGAGGGGAAAAGAGAGGGCAAAAAUACAUGGACAUUUUACGGUACUGUUUCGAGAGAAAGCAACCCGUUUGUAAAGGACAAUUGUAAAGACGUAUCCAUAUUUACCAAAAGUGUUCAGUGUAGCUAUUACUAUCUAUUUUUUAAGUAAAUAAUUCGUCAGUGCUUAAGCGCACCGUUCUGCCACAUUUGCUAAUAGAGACAUACUGGAAACGGCUGUGGUGCUUAUGCAAAACAGUAUUGGUCUCGGCUAUUUAAUUUUAUAAUUUUCAAAGAGAGGAACUAGUUCAGCAUGACAGUCUUAGCCACAUUUCGACACAGCACGAACUUUACACCGUUGAAGAGGAAACGCGAACGAUCUUUCAGGUUGCACAGGCUUUUUAAAACUUUUAGGUUCAAUAUUAUAGAAAUAUUUAUCUGAUGUAGUUUAGUCAGGAUUUGAUUAAUUGUUUUAAAUGUGCUAUUUUGUAUCAACGACCAACGCCAGCAUUAAAUGCCAACAUUGUUAUUAUUACGUAAUAAGGACAGCAUAGUGGUCACAUCCUUUGGCUAGAGUAGAAAGCACAUUGUCAUGACAUAGUGCUCGCUGACCUUUCCUGUUAUAACAUUAGACAUUAUGAACUUCUUUUCAAAAUAACACACACGUCUUUAUUCAGCUGAAAUAAAUUCAUUUUAGGGCACUAAAAUGUUUUUUUCAACAACCCAGUGACGUGACACUAGCUUACGAUAUGACGUCGAAAUGUUACGGUAGCAGUUUUGGUAAAGUAUGGUUAGGUCACAAUGAUACAUCGUAUUCCGUUGCUCUCCAUAAAUGAAAAGGCUGAAGUGCAACAAGAUGCGUCCUAGACUGUUGAAGUCGUCAAUGACUCCACAGAGGACUGUCGAUGAGAAAGACAUGGGAUCAUAAUUGACAUUGGUUUAUUAAUGGAGGAAGUGAACAGAAAGGAAAUAGAAAGUUGACAUCAGUGCUUUUUGAAAGAGGACGGUGGAUAGCCUACAGACAUGCGGCUGUGGAUGGGACUAGACACUAGACAAAUGGAAUAGAGUUGACCGAACUGUCGAGACCCGUGGAUUACAGAGGAUUUCCAAUAUUUCAACACACACACACACACACACACACACCACACCAAGAAGUCAUCAAAAAGACGUUCCCAACACCCCCCUGAUAAAUGAUAAUUUACUAUUUUAUCAUGCGGACGCAGUUGAUGUAAAACCAGCAGCGCCGUGUCCAUGCGUGUCUUGCCUGAGGUCAGGACAUUUGUUUGGAUUGUAUUGUUCUUUAAUGCAAUGGGCUGCAUCCAGAGUAUCAGGUGUAAGCCGAAGAGUUUCCGUGAGAGUAUCAUUGUUUUGGAAGUGAACUCCUCCAUCGACUCUAACCCCACCAGCAUAGACGAAUCCUCCAGUGUGGUUCUACGAUAUAGGACCCCGCAUUUCCGAGCCUCUGCUCGGGUUUUGGUACCUCCAGUAGCUGGUAAAGAGACGUGGACCGUUGGCUGGAUUCAAGCAUGCAACCAUAUGGAGUUCUACAACAAAUACGGAAACAAAGGGAUGUCCAGCUGGGAACUUCCUGACCUGAGGGACGGUAAAAUCCAAGCGAUAAGCGACUCGGACGGCGUCAACUACCCCUGGUAUGGCAACACCACGGAGACGUGCACCAUUGUGGGGCCCACCAAGAAGGACACCAAGUUCACGGUGAGCAUGAACGACAACUUCUACCCCAGCGUGACGUGGGGCGUGCCGGUGAGCGACAGCAACGUGCCGCAGCUGAGCAGCAUCCGGCGCGACCAGAGCUUCACCACCUGGCUGGUGGCCAUCAACCAAGGCACGGGCGAGACGCUGGUGCUGCAGACGGUGCGCUGGAGGAUGCAGCUCCACAUCCACAUCGACCCGGACAAGCCCCUGGGCAAGCGGUCCAAGCUGUGCGAGCCUGUGGCCCAGGACCAGCCGCUGGUGCUGGGCAAGAACGAGCCCAUCCCGCCCAACGCCAUGGUCAAGCCCAACGCCAACGAUGCACAGGUGCUCAUGUGGAGGCCAAAAACGGGGGACCCCAUCGUGGUCAUCCCGCCCAAGUACUGACUGACCUCUAAACCCUGACCUCUUGACCCCCCGCAGGCUCCUCCGCGGGAUACUUUUUUUUAACGCAAAAAACUUUGAACUGACAACAGCAGCCGUGGGUUAAACAGGAAGAGAAAACUAGACAAUCGUCAGCUUCUUCUCUGAGAGGAUAAGGAGGAGGAAGAGAUGAUAAUUCGAACUGGAAUAAACCCAUGAACUACAACUACUUUACCUUCAGAUCGGGUCGGGAUUCACUGUGCUAUAUUAAGACAUUGCAAAAAAAAAAAAAACUAAAAA